CAGCACGAGGCCGCCGAGGGGCCGCCGGGCGCCGGGGCCGUGCAGCCCCCGCCGCGGGGCGAGCCGGGGGGGCCGCUCCGCUUCCCCGUCUUCGUGCCGGGCCUCCUCCCGCCCUUCGGCUGGGCGGCGCCGGCGCGGCGGCCCGCGGAGCCCUUCCGGGCGUUCGACAUGUGGCGCGACUACCUGGGGCUGGCGGCGGCGCUGGGGCGGCCGGAGCGGCGGGCGGCGCGGGCGCUGUGCGCCUUCUGCAAGCACAACGGCGAGUCGCGGCACAUCUACACGGCGCACAACCUGCGGGGCCCCGGCGGGCGCGUGGAGUGCCCGGUGCUGCGCAACUACGUGUGCCCGCAGUGCGGCGCCACGCAGGACAGCGCCCACACCCGCCGCUUCUGCCCCCUCACCCCCCGCGGCUACACCUCCGUCUACCGCUGCCUCACGCCGCGGUCCCUCCACCGCAGCGGCGGCCCCCCCCGGGCGCCCGGCGGGGACGGGCGCGGGCGGCAGCGCGACUAAGCCGCGCCGCGCCGGAGCGACGCCAGGAGCCGCCGAGGACGUCGUCCGGCUUUUCCGGGAAGACGCCGAUCCCCGGAGACCGCCGCCGCCCGGACGCGCUCCCCCUUCGGCAUCCCGGCUUCCGACGGGCGCCGCCACGUCCAGCCUUCGUCCGCCGCCGGCCGGAGGAGUCACGCCGGAACGACAGCACCGUCGAGACCGUCGCCGCGGGACAGCCCUGUCCGGGAGCGCCUCGGUUGUUUGGUUCGGAACAGAGUCGCGCGUCGGGUUCGGGUCUAAAAAGCAGCGUUUGCCGCUAAAAAAUCCGCUCGCCCGCCGGGAAGCGAGCGCGGCUCGGUCGGCGGGACGCCCUGCGGGUCCGACACCUCCGCCAUCGCGAUCCCACCACGCUCUGCUCCGCCGGAGGAACCUCGGCAGAGCCGCCGCCACGCGAGCACCGGCCCGUUUGGGCCGUUUCUGGCUGUUUGGGCCAUUUCUGGCCUUUUGGGCUGUUUCUGGCCGUUUCUGGCCAGUUUGGGCCGUUUCUGUCUGUUUGGGCCAUUUCUGGCCAUUUGCACUGUUUCCGGCCGUUUCUGGCCGGCUUGGGCCAUUUCUGGCCAGUUUGGGCCGUUUCUGUCUGUUUGGGCCGUUUCUGUCUGUUUGGGCCAUUUCUGGCCAUUUGCACUGUUUCCAGCCGUUUCUGGCCGGCUUGGGCCGUUUCUGGCUGGUUUGGGCCGUUUCUGGCCGCUUGGGCCGUUUCUGGCCAUUUCUGGCCGUUUCUGGCCGUUUGCACCGUUUCUCGGUGCUUUCAUGGCCGCUUUGGGAGCCCUGAACACCCGCUUCCCCCCCGCUGGGGCCUGAGGGCGGUGACGAGGGUCAGCGACUCGCCGCGACAUCGGGCGAGUGGCCAGGGCUGUCUU